AUGGCUACAGACCAAGUAACGUUGCUAGGGAUGUGGGCUAGCCCAUUGUCUCUUAGAAUUGAAUGGGCCUUGAAAAUCAAAGGUAUCCACUACGAAUACAUUGAUGAAGAUCUGGAUAACAAGAGCCAACGCCUUCUCACCUGUAACCCUGUCCACAAGAAGGUUCCGGUGCUUGUGCAUGCCGGAAAACCCAUCGCAGAAUCCCUCGUCAUACUCGAAUACAUCGACGAAACAUGGAGUCACAGUCGUAUAUUGCCUGAAGAUCCUUACGAAAGAGCAAUGGCUCGUUUCUGGGCUAAAUUUGCCGAUGAUAAGUGUUGGACAACAAUCCAUGGAGUUUUUACAAAGACAGGGCAAGAACAAGAAAAUGCUAAAAGUGAAGCCAUAGAGAGCCUGAAAACCCUAGAAAAAAUACCCAGAGAAAGCAAGUUCUUCGGAGGCGAUGCAAUUGGUUUCUUGGAUAUUGUUUUUGGUUGGAUGGCUUACUGGGUUCCUCUUUUGGAAGAGAUUACCGGAAUAAUAUUGGUUGGAGAGGAUUCACUGCCUUCUCUGAAAGAGUGGUUCAAAAAUUUUCUGGAUGUUCCUUUAGUGAAAGAGCUCCUACCUCCAAGAGAAAAACUACUUCAUCAUCUUCAAACUUUCCGUCAAAAGUUAAUUACUUCAUCAUCUUAAAAUCUUUGAGUUGUUUACCCAAGCAUCUUUAUAUGUAUCAAUCAUUCACUUAUAAGAAAGAAGAAGAAGAAGAAGAAGA